GGCCUAUGUGACCCGUUUAGGUAAUCACUGGGCUUAUGUAGCCGAAUGUCCCGAUGUGAUUUGGCCGUGUCCCUCCUCUCUGAAGUAAGGAUAGUUUAUCGAUCCGUCGGUUUGGGAGGCUGCAGCCUUUCUCUGCCGUAUCUGUCGCUGUGGAGGACGCGCUACUUGCUCUACAGGAUUUUUUAACUGAGUAAGGUCUGAGGUCAAGGAGCCAUGGGAACCAGGAGGGUGUUGGUAACCGGGUGCUCCUCUGGCAUCGGCUUGGCUGUGGCUACACGGCUGGCCAAGGAUGAGCUUAGACGGUUUAAAGUGGUUGCCACAAUGAGGGACCUUAGGAAAAAGGGGCCACUGGAGAAAGCGGCAGGUGACACCUUAAACAAAACCCUGGAAAUCAAACAGUUAGAUGCCUGCUGUGAAGCCUCCAUCAGAGAGUGUGUCGACAGCCUGCCGGACAGACGAGUGGACGUUCUUGUGAACAAUGCUGGCGUUGGCAUGAUUGGACCACUGGAGUGUCAAAGUAUCGCUGCCAUGAAGGAGCUCUUCGACACAAACUUCUUCGGCCUGGCACGGCUGGUGAAAGAGUUGCUGCCUGACAUGAAGCGGAGGCAGAGCGGCCAUAUUGUGGUGAUGAGCAGCGUCCUGGGAAUACAGGGCCUUCUGUUCAAUGACGUCUACUCUGCCUCCAAAUUUGCUGUGGAAGGAUUUUGUGAAAGUCUGGCAGUGCAAGCGAUGAAGUUUAACAUCAAGACGACUCUAGUGGAACCUGGCCCUGUGGUAACAGAGUUUGAAAGGAAAGUGUACGAGGAUGUUGAAAAGAUGGAUCUAUCAGGGACAGAUGAGGAAACCGCCAAAAUCUUCCGGGAAAUUUACCUGCCAUACUCUAAAAAGAUCUUUGCAUCAUUAGGCCAGACACCAGAGGAAGUGGCUGAGCAAACCGUUAAAGUGAUCACAGCCAAGGAACCACCACUGCGCCACCAGACCAACCGAGUAUACAUGCCCAUGACUGCACUAAAGCAUGCAGAUCCAACUGGACGGCUACCCCUGGACACCUUCUAUAAAAUGAUCUUUAAACAUGAUACCAUGUUUAAUGCUACUCUUAGGGUGCUUCACAUGCUGCAGAGGCGGGCAGGGAAGAAAUAAAGAUUUCACUGCCAUUUUACACACUAUAUAUUGUUAUUCUUACAGAGAUAGUGAGUGAAUGUGGUAGCUACAACCUGUUGUUACCGUUUUUUAAGCAUAAUGUGAAGUUUCCUUCUGAGCAGCAAUGAGCAUAACACGUGCAAUGGGAUGUUGUCUAUACCAUACACUGGUACACUAAGAAUAAUGUUAAUUCCUCAUGUAAUGUACAUAUGCAAAUGGUAUUUAUGAACUUCAUUACUGUGAAAUAAGCAAUAUUCCAUGUUUUGUUCUAAUUAAGUAUUAACAUUAUUUGUUUUUCCCUUAAUUUUAAGGAAAACAGGAGCUGGGCAAUAAAAAGAGUAUACAAAUUGUUUGAUUCUAACAAGAAGAUUUGGUGUAAUCUACUUGUUACAAAACAAGUAAAGUAGGAAGUAAUAGUACCAUACUAUAUAUGAUUUAUCUUGGCAGACAGACAAAGUGACAAAUAAAUAAAUGAUAUAAUGUAUAAUGCACUAAAAUGCAUGAUAUUAUGAAUGAAUAAAUUAUUAUAACAGAAGAG